CAGCGGAUGAGUUGUGUGGACUAGGACACACUCGAGGGGACCAUCUAUAAACAGUAGAAGGCCAUGACACCACUUGGCAGUAUUUUACAAUGAGGACGUAUACUAAUGGAGAAGAGGAAUUCCAAUUGCCAGUGGACAUGGAUUGUCAGAGAUUAUGAAUAUUCCCAAUCCAACCUUGUUUUCUGAGAAUGAUUAAUGAAUCUUCAAAUCUUACAACUCAUUUGCCUGUGGUGUUGACAACCAUGGACAUAAACAAUGUCUCGUCCUCGAUGAAUGUGUCCUCAACGGAUCUCAUCUUGACAACCAAGGGGACAAAUAAUGUGUCUUUCACAAAUGUGUCCACGUCAGGCUUGUGGAAAUACACUACAGAGGUGAACGAUGUGUCCUCAUCAACAAAUGUGUCUUUCACAGAUGUGUGGAGUAACACCACAGUUCAAGCAGUGGUUUUGGACAUCAGGGCAUUCUACUUCCUAAUAAUUGGUGCUAGUCUUUUGGUAGCGUGUGUCGUUGGUUUCAUAGUGUUUAUUUCUUAUAGAAGUGGUCUGUGUGACAGAAGAGAAGAGAGAAAGAACAUGAAGAGAAAGCAAAGGCGAUUACAGACACAGGUCACAGAAAACCAUGAGCUGCAUGGAAUACCAGUAAGAGAUGGGGCUUGUGUGAACUUUACUGAGAACACGACUAUGAGUGGGCAUGAUGCCUCAACUGCACCUUAUGAGCUCGAGGUCAAGAGUAAUGGUACCACAAAUCAAGGGAAGGAUAUAAUGAGGCAGGAGUCUGUCCCAUCAAGUGGUGGGUCCGAUUACAAUGAACAGGUCAAUUCAGAUAAUGAGGACAAUGACAGUGUUUUUUACUCGUAUGAAAAUCAAAAUUGCAUGGAUGGGGAAUCUUUUGAUGUCCACUUCUGAACAAUUGAAAACAUGAUGACUGAAACACUAGCCACCUCAUCAGUUUUGGUCAUCAUUUCGUUAUAGCUGUCAUCCUACAGCAAGCAAUCAGUGUGUUAUGUAUCAAACAGCUGCCUCAUCAGUUUUGGUCAUCAUUUUGUUAUAGCUGUCAUCCUACAGCAAGCAAUCAGUGUGUUAUGUAUCAAACAGCUGCCUCAUCAGUUUUGGUCAUCAUUUCGUUAAAGCUGUCAUCCUACAGCAAGCAAUCAGUGUGUUAUGUAUCAAACAGCUGCCUCAUCAGUUUUGGUCAUCAUUUCAUUAUAGCUGUCAUCCUACAGCAAACAAUCAGUGUGUUAUGUAUCGAACAGCUGCCUCAUCAGUUUUGGUCAUCAUUUCGUUAUAGCUGUCAUCCUACAGCAAACAAUCAGUGUGUUAUGUAUCAAACAGCUGCCUCAUCAGUUUUGGUCAUCAUUUCGUUAUAGCUGUCAUCCUACAGCAAACAAUCAGUGUGUUAUGUAUCAAACAGCUGCCUCAUCAGUUUUGGUCAUCAUUUCGUUAAAGCUGUCAUCCUACAGCAAGCAAUCAGUGUGAUAUGUAUCAAACAGCUGCCUCAUCAGUUUUGGUCAUCAUUUCGUUAAAGCUGUCAUCCUACAGCAAGCAAUCAGUGUGUUAUGUAUCAAACAGCUGCUUCAUUAAAUACUUGGAAUGAAAAAUAA